GUCGAAAAGAAGCAAAAAGCGUUGCCGCUCUCCCCGAAAUUCUCAACACCAUCCCUUCCCGUCCCUUACUCCCAAGACCCAGCCAUCUUCGCGGUCGCACCGCUUGCUGCAGGCAUAUCUGCUCCCCUUUCGCGCGUUUCGGCCAAUCGCAGCGUGAGCCCUCUGCUGCAACGGCGGUCAGCUCGCUGGAGGCUGUGCUGCUGGGGACCUUCUUGCGCCUCCACGUGCAGGCUCUGAUCUCGCCUGUUACUGUCUCGCCGGCGGUCAUAUACACCCGGGCCCUGCGUCAAGGUAGGCUGAGAGCUUUUUUGAUCUGUGAUUCACACCGUCAUUCAUUGCUGUUGAUGAAUCCCCCCCCGUUGCCGCGUCGCAGCCCGCUGUCCGACGGGUGCAAGUCUCGGCCUCUUCUGUCAAGCCGACACAGCCCACCCGUUCGCGUGAGCGUCAUGGACGUCACAUAUACCGACCGUGGAGAUUCAAGAAUUCUCUAAGCUUACUUCGCUUGCUCGCUCCAUCUCAAGCACAUGCCGCCACUGCUGCCGGACACCCCGCAGCUCGGUCAUCACAGUCAUCACUGGGUCUUUUGCUCAAAGUGCGCCUGCUGAUCCGCCAUGUACAAGACAGAAGACUUUGUUUUCCCAGGAGCAGAACUCCUCAUGCCUUUGGAAACGCCUCUGCUCAAGGUGAGCCGGCCCGUCGCCGCCUGCCAGCGGUGUCGGCAAGCCAAGAUCAAGUGCGACGGCAAGCUGCCUGCCUGCAGUGCGUGCGAGCGGUCGAACCGCGCAUCCGAGUGCUCGAGCACCAACGACCAAUUCGCGCGAGGGAAAGAAAGGAGCUACGUCGCCACGCUCGAGAACAAAGUCGAGAAGCUCGAGCGCAAGAUCAACGAGGCCCGUGCCCGACGGAAAUCGUCGCUGCAACUGCUUGACGCCGCGCUCUCUCCCCGCAGGAUCUCCGUGGAUGACACGGGCAAGCCCAAGAACCCAAGAGCCGCCAGGCGGAGAGAGCUUGCCGACAUUGACGAGCUCGUGUCGGACUUUGGCUUCCUAACGGUUAAUGCGACGUCGAGAGACUUCUACGGUUUCACGUCGGCCAUCUCGUAUGCCAGACUCAUUCUGAGUGCUGCAGGGCGCGAGCCCCUGCCGGAGGGUCUAAGGAAAGAUUUGCCACCUAGAUUUGCAGCGCAACCUCUGGUACAGCAUUAUCUCAGCACGCUUCAUCUGAUCCUACCGAUCGUAGAGGAAACCAAACUCUAUGCCUCUCUCGACGCCGUAUACCACCAAGACACCACCCUGGCCUCGAAUCUUGACCACUGGACAAUACGUCUCGUACUUGCCAUCGCCUCAGCCAUGAAAUCAAACCAGCGCGGCGACGCCAUGUACUCGGACGCCGUUGGCCAUAUUUGCUCAGCCUUGGAAGUUUCCGAGCAAGUCCUCCAUCCGGGCUCAGUAUUUAGCAUCCAGGCCAUGCUCCUGUUCGUACUUUACGCAAUGAUGGAUCCAGCGCACUUUGACAGCUGGACGCUGAUCGGGGCGGCCUCCCGGAUGAUGAUCGAUCUUGGCAUGCAUCAGGAUCCGUCCAAGUCCGUCCAGAUGCCCAAACCAAAACUUGAAUUGCGCAGGAGAGUGUUCUGGUGUGUGUAUGCUCUUGACAGGUCAACAUCGAUUGUUCAGACACGUGCUUUCUCGUUUUCUGACGAUGGUUCCAAUGUCGCUAUGCCUUUUCCAAAACGAGGGACCAAGUCAACGCCCUCAAGUCCCCAGCAGGAGCGCAGCCCUUGGCUCUCUGCAAACAACACCGCCCUCGACUUCUUCAAGCUCAGGUCCAUACAGUCCUCGUGGUAUACCGACCUUUUCCAGUCUGGACGAGAGGCUUGGCGCGAGCCCUACACCUACAUCUGGCAGAGGUACGAAGAGAUGCGCAAUUGGUUUAAUCAGCUGUUGCCAACAACACUGCCCUCCAUCCGUGACUUUUUUGAGCUCGAACUACUCUACAGCUACAUCUAUCUGCUGUCUCCAAGUCCGCGGUGUCCACACCCCAGUGAGCACGCCCAAAGGCUUAUCAUUGAGCAUGCUAUGACAUACGCUGAGAAGAUACAUUCCAUCGUAUCGAAUCCUACCGAAGCAAAGAACCCGAUGUCGUUCUAUGAUGCGAUAAGAGUCUACAUGACUGGCCGACAUUUCCUCGACUGUUUGGCCAAGAACAUGGAAAACCUGCUGAAACCGAGUUCGACGACACCUCUAUCCAACAUUGGCGGCUACUCAACACAGGAUGCUGAAGUCGAUCCAAUGGCGGCAGUAUCUCCUCCUCCUAUUCCUAGCCCUUCGGCUCUAGAGCCCGGCAGUAUUCCGAAAGAUCCAACAACACGAGCAAUCGACGCAGUGAAUCACUUCAUCGAGGUGCUCUCCUACUUUGGCACCAGGUUUGGUUUUGUCGGGGGCAUCAGCUACCGCGACCGAUUCCAGCGCGAGUCGCAACAGCUGCUCUCGCAACUCUACCAACGCAGGGCCAGCCUGCAGUCGAUGGACUCUGCUUUUGGAAUGUGGAAUCCGUCCAACGCUCCGAUGACGCCCCCGACCCAUCUGGCCUCGCCUGGUGCAUCUGCUUCGUUCUAUCCCUCGCCCGCCUCAACGCAAUACUCCCCUGCCAUCACACACGUCCAGCACGAUCACAAUGCCGUGCAGCCGCCGCAAGCUUGGAACACGAUGUCGCAUGGACAAGAUCAGGCGUUCAUCUCAUCAACAAUGGCUGACAUGCCAGUAGGAAUGAUGGCUUCUACCAGCCUGGAUGUGCUCGGUAUACCGAGCUUUGUUGCUUAUGAAACGCUGCCUGGUGGAAACCUUAAUGUGCGGUUCCCAAGAUGAUGUUUCACGAGAAGGUUUGACGGAUUCCCUUGUUUACUUGCUAUUGUCUCUUUCCAUGUCUUUUUCCGUCUUGGAAAAUUGUGAAGAUUAUGGCACGAUGGUGGGGAAUUGCCACGUUACUUCUCUCCCUUUAUUUUUUCAAGAAGGAUCAUGUCUGGGGUAUCCACAAACUGUUCACGGGAGAGUUAGAAUUUAGAUACCACAAAAGUAUUCUUAUGAUGCCUUGUUUUUUGUCUUGGCUUUUCUCCCUCCGCGGGUUGUAUGUAUGCAGCAUUCUGAUUCAAUACAUCUUUAUUGCCGCUAUGCGGAUGCUCCGGCA